UAACAGUUUAGCAUACCCGUGACCAAGACUACCCUUAGGCUGUAGGCUACUACCGUUAUUCCCCAUAUUUCAUUAAAGUGAAGUUUUGACGAUAUUUACUUGGUUGAAUGCCGCCUGCUGACGUUUGAUAAUCUUGUCUCUUUAUAAUAGACCACUCGGUGUAUAAUCUGUCAAAACUCCGAGAAUAUUCGCAACACAAGCUCUGAAUAACUCUCCUACUUACCACCAAAAUAUAAACAAAUAAUAUGGAUAUUACAAGAAUGUGUGAACGUUUCAAAAAAGCUUGGUCAAAGAAUUCCUCAGAUACCCCAGAAGCUGUUUAUUUAAGGUUAAUCAGUAUUAAGAAGCAAAUGCAACUACUACAGUCUAAGAUUGUUUAUUCAACAAAAUAUGCCGAUGAAGAAUAUGAAUACAGACACGCGUUUCUCCCUCCGGAAUUAUCAAGAGUAAUUCCCACUGGCCAUCUAUUGACGGAAUCGGAAUGGAGAAAUCUCGGAGUCCAACAAUCCAUUGGCUGGGAACAUUAUAUGAUUCAUAACCCAGAACCACACAUUCUAUUAUUUCGACGAUCGGUUCAAAGAUGGCGAUGAUAAAGUGAAACCAAAUUUUUAUUUUUUAUUCGAAGUUUAUUUUUAAAAUUACUUUCUUACGGUCCCGUUGCAAAUCAGAUAACGUUCACAAUUUUUAUAACGAUAGUACGGCAGAUGAUUCUAAUUUAUCAUCAUGUGAUAAAGUUUUUUACAUAUACCGGCUAAAAAAGAAUCCACAAGCCCAAAUAUACGAGAGACAUUUUGUUAGUAAUGAGUCCAAGCUGUAAAUUUGGAAAAACCUAUCAUCGAUUCUAAACUUCGGACUGAUAUAUCUUCGCAGGGGCAUAGCCAUUAGUAUUGAGGGUCCCUUUUGAAAUGUAAAAAAAAAAAAAAAAUUUUGUGUAUCAUACAUAGCGACUAGCUGUUACGGCCUAACAUGGAGAUUUAGAUUAGAGAUUUCACAACCCCUUUUUCCUUAAAUAUUCCUGCUACAUCCCUUGUCCUGGCGGAUAUAACUCACAGUUGACGAAUACUUUCCUAAUCCUAAUAUUAGACCUUGGCAAAUCAGCGGGUUUAUUUAUCAGACAAAGCAAAAGCCCGACACAUGAUUAUUCUUCCUAUUUGCAAUACGCUUGCUGCAUUCCGUGAUUUGCUUUCCUCCACUUUUGUCAUUUUAUUGUAGAUAGCCAUGAAUAUUCUGUAUAUAGCAAAUAUAUAAAUAAACAGAUAAUAUAUUUAUAUGUGAGAAAAGAGCGCCGAGUCCCAGAUGUUGAUUCUACCAGUCUACACUUCAUUGAUUUCCACUCAAAAAGCAAUGAAGCGUAUUUUCUCUAAUGAUUUAUUUCAUUUCUGUCAUUAUAUUGUAGAUAGCCUUAACUAUUGUGUAUAUAGUGAAUAUAUAGAUAAACAGAUAAUAUAUUUAUAUGUGAAAAACGAG